AUGAAUGCAAGCACUAAUCCUACAUCAACUAAAAAUGAAUUCUUUACCUAAAGAAUCGCCUCUAGGAACUCCACAAGGAAUCAAUCAAAUUUAAGCCAAUAAAAUAAUAGCUCCUUGAAAAAGCAUUUAAGACUAAUCUAAAGUCAAUAAACUGAUCGAAGAAGAAACAAUACUACAGUCAGCCAUGCAUUAAAUACGAAAAGAAUCGAAACUAAUACAUUAUUUAAAUCAAUUAAUCAUAACUCCAACAAUGAUCACAUAGAUUCACUCUAUUAAUAAUCUGUAGAUGGUUUUAUAAAACUGAAUCCAGGAGAAACUUCAAAUUCAACAACUAAGCGAGGAAAAUAUCUAGAUUUCAAGACUAUAAGCAAUUUUAGUACUAGAAAUCAUACUAGUCAAAGAUUAUGUAAGAGCAUAGUCCAGACAAAUAAUUAAGUUACAAAUAAUAACAGCAUAAUCUAAAAUAUGAUGAGCAUAAAUAAUUACAAUCAAGAUUAGGAUACCACAACCCUCACUGAUCCUGGAAACAUUUAAUCAUAGUACACAUCAAUUAUGCAAAAUAAGAGCUACUUAAUGGAUACUAUCAACAGUAAUUUACUCAAGACAAUAAACAGGAAAAAAAGUGAGAUUAGAGCUAUGCAGCAGGAAAGUGUAUUUGAGGAAAAUCCUUUGAUACGAUUUACUCACUAGCAUAAACCAACCAUUAAAGAUUAUAGUUUUUAGCAUGAUCAAAUAGAAAAUACUAGUGGAAGCUACUACGAAUCAAAAUUAUUAUGGAGUGGAAGGGCUGUAAAUUUUAGUGAGAGUUUCAUGGGGUUAAUGUACAGAGAUUACUCCAUGGAUAGAUCUUAAAAGGAAAGGCUCAAAUAGAUUAUUAGAGAGAGAAACUAAAAGUAAAAAGAAGAAAAAUAAAGAGAAUAUCAAGAGAAACAGAUUAGGAAAAGACAAAUUAACUAUGAUUUUUAUGAGGAGCAUAGUAUUAAACUAGCAGAGCAUACUGUAGAUAAAAUGACUGAAGACUAAUUGUUAGAGUCACUUAAUUAAAAGCUACAAAGAAGGAGAAGGUUCAGAGCAUCAAUUAUAAUCCAAAAAUUUUAAACUUUCAGAAAUAUAAUGAAGCGAAGAAUCUAGAAUAACCUUAAGUUCUUUAACAAGAUGAGAAGAAAAGUACUUGAGCAAUGCUAGAGAGUUAUUAGACAUUACUGGAUGAUAUACAUUCAAAAGAAGAGGAAAAGAGAUGAAUUGUAAAAAUUAUAGAAUUUGAGUUAUUUGGGUUCACGCAAGAGUUCAAAUAGCAAGAAAAAAUAACUCAAGGAAUAAUCUAAAGGUAGCAGACUCAUAUAGGAUAAAAAGGUAUUUAAAGGAAUUAAAGCUGCAAUAAGUUUAAAUCAAAGUCAAACUAAGAUAAAGAAAUUAUAGAACCAGGGACCAGCUAAUAAAGUUUCAUUUACGUUAAAUCUUAAAUAAAAUGGGCUGAUUACUGGCUUAAAUAGUAAUGAUGUAAUGGCUGAAGACGGUAUUAGAAUUGAACAUAGCUUAGCUGAUCGAGUGAAUCAUCAAACUAAUAGUCAUUUAAAUGAUAGAUAUGACAUUGACAACACUGGAGAUGAAAAUUCUAAGGAUCUACUUCCACCUAAUAGCUAGAAACUGGUAAGAAGAACAUCUACAAGUGUAUCUAAGGGUAGCAAGAGAGCUAGUCAAGCAAAUCAUAAUAAUUCUAGUCUACAAGGAUAAAAAGAUAUGAGUAGCAUCUAAAAUAACCAAGCUACAUCAAGUUAAAAUAGCCAACAAUAUCAUAAUAUUAUGGCCUACAGCCCCCAUCAUAAUCAUAAUCCAAUUAUUAAUAGUGAAGAAAGUCAUUUAAAUCAUGUGGAAGAAGAUUAAGAGGAGGACUAGGAGGAAUAUAUUAGAAUUGUUACACAUUUAGCUGAUGAGGACUAAGAUUCUUAAAUCACUGAGAGCAAUAUUUCAGAUGAAGAGAUCACACAAGCCUCAAUAACAAGGCAUCAAAUCAAAAAAUAAUUAAAGGAAGAAAAAUGGAUUCAUCAGUUAAUGCUCUAAGUCCUAAACCUUAUCAUAAACAAAGUAGCUUAAGAAAUCAUAGUUUUGGAAUAUCUCCUUCAUAACAGCAUUCUUAAGGAUCUCACCUUUAAUAAAAAGAAAGUAUCCAUAGCAGGAAAAAAAGUGGAAACUUCAACAUAAAACUAAAAAAUUAGAAUUGAAACUAAAUUUUUGCUUCCAGCAAUAAUAGCUACUCAAAGUUUGAAUUCGCAUUAGGUUGGCUAAUGGAAUAUAACUUUGGAUAAACUAUGUAAUCUCACUUUAUCUCAUCCUCUCAACCCCAAAGCCUAUCAGUCAAUAGGUGAAAUGAUCCAAACUGGUACUGGGAUAUUUCCUAGAGAUGAGAUUAUCCUUAAUGGAGACAUUUAAAAAUAUCCAUAAGCUGUUCAAUACUCAAAAAACCUCACUUGUGGAAUCAGCUAGUAAAAUGAUACAGUCUUAAUCAAUGGAUAGCUAGAUACUCCUAUUUCACUUAAUGAGACUCAAGCUAUUGCUUAUCAAAUAACUUUCAGUCUAAAAGAUGAAAAUUCAUCAUAAAUACUGAAGUUUGCAAUUAAAAUCGAGGAUCCUAAUAACUACUCAUAAUUCCUAGCAUUCAAUAAACUCUCAACUAAAGAUGAAGAAAUCUAUGGAAUGGGUCUCUAAUAUACUUAAUGGAACAUGAAAGGUUAAUUAGUGCCAGUUAUCACUUCAGAAGGCGGAAUUGGCAGAGGUUUAUAGCCUUUAACAUUCAUCUUGAAUAAAUUUAAUAAAAAUCAAGGUGGAAGUCCACUAACAACUUAUGCCCCUACUUAUAGCUACAUAACAACCAACAAUUAUGGAAUACUAGUCAACUCAAGUGCUCUAGGCUUCAUUGAUUUUACUCUAGAAAACAAGAUCUAAUACGUUUUUUGGCAUUAGAAUGAAAUAGAAGGGUAUCUUUUUGUAGCCUAAGAUCCUUUGGGUCUAGUCCAAGAGUUAUCUUCUAUUGUAGGUAGAAUGAGAAUGAUUCCAGAGUGGAUUUAGUAAGGUGCUAUCUUAGGGCUUUAAGGAGGCUAAGAUUUAGUUUCAAAGAACUAUGAAACGCUAAAGAGAAAUGGUGUACCAAUCGUAGCAGUGUGGAUGUAAGACUGGGUUGGCACCAAGGAUUUCAUGGAGGGCACUAGACUUAUGUGGAAUUGGAAAUUGAAUAGAAAAUAGUAUCCUAAUUGGGAUAAUAUGGUAGAUGGCUGGACUAAAGAUGGAGUCAAGCCAAUGAUUUAUAUCAACCCAUACUUUGCUAAUCUUUCUUCAGAUAACUUAACUUAGAACUAAUUUGAAGAAGGAGAUAAAAAUGGCUAUUUUGUUAAGAAUAGCAAAGGUUCCACUUAUAUCUUGAAAAGUAUUAGUAUUGAUUUCGCAAUGAUUGACUUUACCAAUCCAGAUGCUGUUGUUUGGCUUAAGGGUAUUAUUAAGAAUAACUUAAUUGAAGAGGGAAGAUCUUACGGAUGGAUGUAAGAUUUCGGAGAAUAUGCUCCUCUAGACCUAGUCACAUUCUCCAAUGAGUCAGCCGAAGUUUAUCACAAUAAAUUCCCAUACUACUGGGCUAAGAUAACUAGAGAAGUUUAGGAAGAAAUAGGAGAUAAAGGCAAAGAAAUAGUUGCUUUCAUGAGGUCAGGCAACACUCUCAGUCCAUAUUACACUGAUCUUUUUUGGAUGGGCGACUAAUUACCAACUCUUGAUUAGUUUGAUGGCUCUCAAUCUGCACUGAUUGGGGCCUUGAAUGGUGGUCUCAGUGGAUUUAGUCUUUGUCAUUCAGAUAUCGGUGGCUAUACUUCGAUGGACAACUAUGGAAUAAGAUACUUCAGAGAUAGAGAAGUUCUCUAUAGAUGGAUUGAGAUGAGUACGUUUUCGGAUCCAAUUAUGAGGACUCAUCCUACUAAUAGGCCAACCUAAAACUUCUAAAUUCAAGAUGAUGAUGACGCAGCUUAAUUUUUCUCUCAUUUUGUACAAAUUCAUAAAGCUCUUGCACCUUAUAAAAGAAAACUCAUUCAAUAAGCCAAUCAAUUCGGAACGCCUAUGACAAGACCUCUGCUUUUAAGUUAUCCUAAUGAUAAAUAAGCAAGAAGUGUUAAGGAUUAAUUCUUACUAGGAAAUAUCAUGGUUGCUCCUAUCUUUGAAGUUGGUAAAGCGGAAAGACAAGUUUACUUACCUGAGGGAUAAUGGGUAAAUAUUUGGACAAAAGAAAUUUAAAUCGUUGGAGUUCAAGGUCUUACACUUACUGUAACUGCUCCAUAUGGGUCACCAGCAGUAUUUGUUUUAUCUAGUGACUAAGAAGCAUUAGAUAUUCUAGGUAAAUUUAAGCCACUCAAGGUCAAAAAUUUCAAAGAACCAUUUGAUUUAAAAUUUUUACAAGAGACAAUUUGA